AUGUCGCAGUACAUGCCGUACGGUGGGUUCAACUGGAUCGAGCCUACGUUAAACGGUUUGAAUGAUUUGGACGAUACCUCCCCCAUAGGACGAGUGUAUGAGGUGGAUGUGUCAUACCCACGACAUUUGCAUGAUAACCACAAUGACUUACCCUUUCUACCGCAAAAUAGUGUGCCACAUGGAUCGAAGGUGCGAAAGUUGAUGGCGACGUUCGAGGAGAAAAAAAAUUACAUAAUUCACUAUAGGAGCCUGCAGCAGGCCAUUAAGAAUGGACUAAUAGUAGAAAAAGUACAUAGAGUGAUACAAUUUAACCAGUCUAACUGGCUGGCUAAAUAUAUUGAGUUGAACACCGAGAUGAGGAAGAAGGCGAGGAAUGAUUUUGAAAAGGACUUUUUUAAAUUAAUGAACAACGCUGUAUUUGGGAAGACUAUGCAGUCUAAAAGAAAGGAGAUGAAGAUGGAGCUAGUGUCGUGUGAGAGGAGGUUACAAAAAUUAAUCAACAAGAGUACAUUUAAACACUGUACCAAUUAUAACGAAAACCUAAACGCUGAUUCGCUGUACUGGAUGUAUCAAAAACGCUAA